AUGUUGAGAUCCGCUGCUUCCAUCCACCGUCAACGCAGAAGCCACGCCCAACAGGCUCAAUGGUGCAUCUUCAAGUGUGCCCUCUGCUUGCUCCCUCUUGUUUUGAUAGCACUUUUUUUGCACCCGAGGCUUUCUGUCCUGAAAGAUACCCCCACUGGGCAUCACGGCCACCAUCAUGGAUCUCCCUACAAACUGGAGUUUCGUCAGGUUUCAUCACUAUCUUCAACAGCCGCUUCAUCCGCCAGAAAUAAUAAGGCAGCUGUGUUCAAAAUACUGCAAUUGGCCGACAUUCACCUUGGAGAAGCCGAAGAUACCGAUUGGGGACCAAGGCAGGAUUCCAAGACUUGGCGACUGAUGGAUCGAGUCAUCACGUUGGAAAGACCGGACCUGAUUGUUCUGAGUGGAGACCAGCUGACGGCCAAUAACGUCGAUCAGAAUGCGACAACUUACUAUCGACUACUGGGCCAACAUCUUUCCUAUUACGGAGUGCCUUGGGCCAUGAUCUUUGGAAACCACGACGAUGCCAAUCUCUAUGGGACCAACGAGACGAAGACCAGCCGUGAAGAGUUACUGGCAAUGGAUCAGCAAUUCCCGCUUUCAUUGAGCCAGUCUACUCCUGGUUUGUUUGGGACUAGUAACUAUAAGCUCAAUGUGCACUAUCCUUCCAAGUGGUUUGACAAACCUGUAAAAGGCAAGGACGACGUGGUGUUACAGCUCUUCUUUUUGGACAGUGGUGGGGGCGUGUUGCCUCAAACGUUAGAACAGAAUCAAAUUCAGUGGUUUCAAAAAGAGCAUCGCAGUGAUGUCGAAGGAGUCAUUGUGUUUCAGCACAUCCCCACUGCCGAGUUUGUCUACAGGGAUGGAGAUGUCUGCCAUGGCUUGCACGACGACCCGGUCGAUUCCAUCCGUCCUGACCCGGGCAUUGUGCAAACGUUACAAGAAGCCGGCAAUGUCCAAUGGCUGGCCUCUGGACAUGACCACGGCAAUGACUAUUGUUGCUCGACCAAAUCGAAAGCAAAUGUGACAACAAACGGGCAGCAGCAUCCUAACGGGAAGAGUCGUCUCCAUUUGUGUUUUGGAAGACACAGUGGCUAUGGCGGCUAUGGACAGUGGUCAAGAGGUGCUAGAGUGUACGAAAUUUCUUUGCAGCGUAAGCAAGAACAAUCGUCCACGGUCGACAUGGCGUUGUCAUGGAAGUCUUGGGUGCGCAAUGAGACAGGCAGCGUUCUAGAUCCAUAUGAGCCCUUCGAGGCAUCUGCCGGCCCAUGA